AAAAGUUUUUUAGGGAAUUUGUACAUUCUAUUAAAGAGAGUUCUUUAGGUUUUGGACUUCAAAGUUCCACUAAUUAUGCAUGACAUCACGAACUAGGUAAGGCAUUUACAAUCCUUCCAAAGGCAUAUAGGAUUAAAUUUCAUUUAGAUGUGUUAUCAUAUUUUACAUAAAUUAACUGCAAUUACCAACCUUGUCCCUAGGGUCUUGUGACCCCUGAACCGUUGGUACGGAGUGGCCAACAAAACAGGUUUUAGAGCUGGUUAUUGAUGUCAUAAUUUCGUAAAAAUAGCGAAACUGUUAAGACCUAUAUCUCAAGAACCAAUAAAGAUUUUAUAAAAAAAUGAAAAGAUUCCUAAAUUUUCGCGGAAGGUGUAAAUUUAAUACCGAAAAUUUGCAAGCCGAACAUGAAGCAUAAAAUUAACAAAAUGUGGCCCUUGCGUAUUACUGGUCAAGUGAUCAACCACGAUGUAAUAUUUGAACACAUUUUGACGUUAAAUGGAUGAGAACUAUUAGACUUAUAAAAAUACAAUUUGUUAUGAUAAUUAUUUUAAAAAGGUUUCAUUCAAAACUUUUUUGAAUACACUGGAAAGCUUUCUUCUUCAAUUAUUGAUGAAUGAAAAGAAGCAUAAAUUUAUUCUAGUGAGAAGUUAAAAGAGACACCUGUUCGUUUUCUUGAGGUACAACUGGGAAGGAAGAAAGAAAAUACUAAACAUAAUUUUAAAACUUUGUCUAGCAAGGAGGGAAAUGUUUCAUUCUCAAAAUCAGUUUCAUUUUUUUUGAACCGACACAAAGCAUAUGCGAUGAAAGACGAUUCCAAAUGUUAUCCUUCUUUGAAUUUGAAAGUCAAUAACAAAAAGUUAAUAUCCUCCAGAGAUGAUUCGAUUAAGAAGAAAACAUACGCGGAGAAAUUGUGCGCGUUUUACGUGGAACGCCCAAAGUUAGCGUUUGUUAUUACAUUGGGUAUUCAAGUUAGCCUCAUGCUUGCAACCGGUGUGCUGUAUUUGAUGAAUUAUGAGAUCUUUCCCUAUGACUUUACGCAAGUGCCACUAAACCUUGAAAAAGAUGCUACGAAGCUUCGUGCUGAUGCUUUUAAUUUUGUCACAGAAGAUAGUAGAAUAAACCUUCUACCAAGCACAGCUAUUCCACAAGCAGAAAGAACGUUAAAAUCUUCGCCGUUAGAAUUAGUAUACGAAUUAAAAUCCAGCGACGAUAAUGUAAUAACUCGUGACAACUUACGAGCAGUUGCGCUACUUGAAGAUGAAUUGUAUAAAAAUCCUUCAUAUCAAAAAAUUUGUCACCGAAACUCAUAUACUAAUAAUUGCUCGCAGCCUAUGUCAGUGAUACGUUUGUUCGAUGGUACCUUUAAAACAAUUCACUCGUCAUUGUUUGAUCCAUUUUAUCAGAAUGUAACACAUAUUUUCAAUCUAGCAAACAGUAUCAGUCAGACUAAAUCCUUGAUCUCGUUCAGUAUGGACAAAAAUGCCAUUAUUAAACCAGGUCAUGUCAAAUCGAAAUAUCUAAGAUCGGUUUUGUUUAACGGUUUGCCAUUGAUUGGUUACAAACACGCAGAAGAUCGAAAAAAAGAACAACAUGAGAAAUUGAAGUUGAAUAUCGUUGAAGCUUUUAGUGGCCUGCUGGCGAAGAAGUAUGAGAGUGGUAUUGGUAACAUGCGAGUGUAUUAUAUGAAUUUGGAUUUGUUUUUCAAUGCGGUGGAGAAGCAGGUAGUGUGGGACUUGCUGCUUGCAGGAGGAAGCCUAAUUUUUAUUUUUUGUUUUAUUUGGUUCCAAACUGGAUCUUUAUGGAUAACAUGGUGGGCUGUUUUUGGCAUCAUCACUAACUUUUUUGGCGCCAAUUUGGUUUACCGAAUUAUUCUUGAUUUCCGUUUUAUCGGAAUUUUCCAUGUCUUAUCCGUUUUCAUGAUUUUGGGAAUCGGAGCAGAUGACGUGUUUGUAUUCUAUAAUACGUGGAAGUUAAUGGAAUCAAAACAUUUAGAUAAUUUAACGCAACACUUAACCGAAACAUUUCGUGUCGCAGCGGGAGCCAUGUUCGUGACCUCACUAACAACCGCUGCAGCAUUUUUAGCUAGUGCUGCCUCUCCCUUGCUGGGAGUAUCAUCUUUUGGCGUGUUUUCAGGUAUUCUUGUUAUUGUGAAUUACCUAUCAGUGUGCAUGUAUUUCCCGAGUGUCGUCGUCACAUAUCACUACUACUGGAAAGAUAAACAACUACCCUGCAUAUUUAAAAGAAAUCAAAACACCGCGUCGGAAGCAACACGCUCGUCGGACGCUCCACAAGACGACAUGACGAAACUUUUUAAAGCCGUCGUUAAUUGGUUCCAAACAACUUACGCAAAUCGUAUUGUUUUACAUCAUAAAAUGAAAUGGAUAUUAUUGACAUUAUUUAUGGGCUUGUCAAUCAUGUUUUUGGUAUUUGCGGUGCAGCUGGGACCGGAUGAAGAACAAGUUCAAGUAUGGCCAAAAGGAACCAAUUGGUACGACAUGCGACAAAUCAAAUUAAAGGCAUUUGAAGAAACUGGAGAGGGUUCAAAUGUUAUCCGAAUAUACACUGUGUUUGGAUUAAAACUACAAGAUCGAACAAGCUGCCAUUUUACCGAUUACAAAUGUAAAGGAAAGACUGUGUUUGAUGAAGACUUUGAUAUGAACGCUCCUGGUUGUCAGAAAGCUGUACUGAAAUUUUGUCGGCGUUUAAAACAACUGGGUAAAAAAGAGGCAGAAAGUCUUGGUAUUAGAAGAAGUGUAGCUACAGGAGAAUUGGAAGUAUCAUGUUUCAUUGACGAGAUGGAUCGCUACCUAAGGCAUGAAGUGACGUACAACUAUCACAAGUACAGUAAGAAUCCAGUGAACUACAACUUUAGUAUCCCAUUAAAUGGAGAAAAAGUAAAGCAACUUAUGUCCACCUUGCCAAUAAUAUAUAACGCUUCAGCAAUCGGAAGUGAGUAUUAUCACUAUUUUGAAACAGCUCUGGGUUACUGGUUAUCGGCCGGCGGCAAUCCUGACAAAAGAUUUGAUUAUCACAAAUAUGCUUUGUAUAUGGGAGGAAGUUUAGAUAAAACUUCUCCUGAACCUCCAACUGUUUUAUCACAGGCGCAAGGUGGUCGCUAUGGCAAUAGACUUCGUUAUGUGGCUAUAGUUGUAAAUACCUCGUUAACUGGAGCAACGUUAAAGUAUAAUCUGGGAAAACAAGUUUAUAAUAAUUGGGAGAAGUUCAUUAAAGAACAGACAAAAGAUAUGCCGCCAUCUUGUAAACACGCGUUUCAAUGUACGCCGGAAUGGAAUAAUUGGCACUGGUUAAAAGUUCAAGGGGAAUUACUAAAGGGUGCAAGGACGGGUAUAAUGAUUGGCUUGUGCCUUGCUUUCCCAGUUUUAGUAUUUACUACUUGCAAUUGGAUAAUUGGGAUCCUAGCAACAGUAACUAUAGGGUUGAUAACAUUAGCGGUUGUCGGGCUAAUACCGUUGGUCGGGUGGGAUCUUGGUGUAAUGGAGUCGAUAAAUCUGACGCUGGUUGUCGGACUUGCCGUUGACUACGCCGUACAUCUUGCUGACGGUUACGUUCGUUGUUUGCAUUUUAAACGAGAAGAUCGCGUACGGUAUAUGCUUGGAAAUGUCGGAGUGUCGGUACUCGCUGGUGCUGCUACGACCCUGGGUGCAUCAGCAUUUAUGCUGGGUUCGAAGAUUUUGUUUUUCUUCCAGUUUGGUGUAUUCAUGUUCUGCACGAUUGGAUUUUCUAUUGUGUACGCAUUGGUUGUGUUUGCAGUGAUCGUGGCUAUUCUUGGACCUGAAGGUGAUAGAGGGAGUCUGCGUUCCCUUUAUGACUGUAUACGCAGGCUGACUUCGUCCAGAGAAAACCACGAUGCUUUAUUAGCACAAACUUCUAAUUCCAUGGAAAAACAACCGGAACCGAAUAUAGAAUUGCACAAUAUCAAUACAGCUUAGCUUUCGAUUUUUUCUAUUGAAUUUUCAUUGUUAAAAAAUUUCUAAUCGAACCACAACUCAUAGUGGUAUUCAUUUUAAAUAAAAAGCACUUUUAGACAUUUUUUUAUAAAAAAACUCAAGUAGUCUCAAUUAUUAAAGGCAAAACUUGAUUUCAGACUUGAAGUUGUAAGAAAUAAGUAAGCAAAAUAUUGAAAUUUUACAAGAUCUCGUCUUGCUUAACGUUCUUCGGUUAACUUUAUAUUCUAGCAACAAUUGUAGGCUCGAUCAAUCAUAGUCAAUUUACGACUGAUCGAAUCUGUUGUUGUAUGAUGUUUUUGAGUUAGUCUAUUUGUAAAUAAAAGGAAAUUUCAUUUUUACAAAUUAUUUCUUUUUUAAACUAUUGUACA